CGGGAAGAGAAAAAGAGACAGAGGGAGAAGAGCCAGUAAAAGGAGAGAGAGACAGUGACAGAGGGAAAGAAAGCGAGGGAUGAAGUAUCCAUCUGUGUCAGUGAGUAACUCUCUGUUGGACAUGGAUGUAGCCAACUACAGUGAGGGACUGGACCCAACGUACAGCACCCUGGGCUUCGAUCAUGCUGACGUCCUCUAUGGUGGGGGAGACAGUAUGCCAGCGGAGCCGGGCCUGUCCCAGGCAGAUGUUGUGAACUCUAACUGUGCCAUAUGUGGAGACAAGGCUACAGGGAAACACUAUGGAGCUUCCAGCUGUGAUGGAUGUAAAGGCUUCUUCAGACGGUCCAUACGCAAGAACCACAUCUACUCCUGCAGGUUUAACCGUCAGUGUGUGGUGGACAAGGACAAGAGGAACCAGUGUCGGUUCUGCAGACUCCACAAGUGUUUCAGAGCUGGCAUGAAGAAAGAAGCGGUUCAGAAUGAGAGAGAUCGUAUCAGCUCCAGAAGAAACAUUCAGGACAAUCAGGAUCUCCCACCUAUCACUGUUCUGGCCCAGGCAGAGUCACUGUCUCAACAGAUCAGCGCAUCCAGUCCCAGGGGUGCAGUAGAUGUGUCGGAACAGAAGUCAGCUGGUGUGGGGGAUGUCUGUGACUCCAUGAGACAACAGCUGCUAGUGCUGGUGGAAUGGGCCAAAUACAUCCCUGCCUUCGGUGAGCUGCCCUUGGAUGACCAGUCUCUGCUCAGGGCUCAUGCAGGGUAACACCUUCCUACUGGUUCGGCCAAGAGGUCAAUGCCUUAUAAGGACUUCCUGCUUCUUGGUAAUGGGUGUGUGAUCCAUGGUAGCAGUGCAGAGGCAGAGAUCGGUCGUGUCGCUAACCGUAUUCUAAGUGAGCUGGUCCUGCCCUUCCAGAACAUCCAGAUAGAUGACCAUGAGUAUGCUGCUCUCAAGGCACUCGUCUUCUUUGACCCUGAUGCCAAGUCUCUGCGUGAUCCGUCUAAGAUCAAGGCGAUGCGUCUGCAGGUCCAGAUGAGUCUAGAGGACUAUAUUAACGACCGUCAGUAUGACUCBAGAGGGAGGUUUGGAGAGCUGCUGCUACUGCUGCCUACUCUACAGUCCAUCACCUGGCAGAUGAUAGAACAACUGCAGUUUGUUAAACUCUGUGGCCUGGCCAAGAUAGACAACCUACUGCAGGAGAUGCUGCUGGGAGGUCUGGCGGCAGAGCCCGCCCACCUGCACCACCCAGGCCACACCCAGUUAGCCCAGGACCCUCUGACUGGACACACACUGGUCAUCAGCACUAUGCCUGCUACACACACUACUCAGAUAGGUAAAAUACACACCUACACACACUGCAUGAGGUGUUCCUCAGAAUAG